AUGAACGCGCCAGCACCCGCCGCUGAUACGACACGCGCGAUGCGCGAGGUCCACGGGCUUCCCGAGGGCCAGGGGAAAGCACGCGUGGGUGGCACCGACGACGGAAAUGCAGAUGAUGACUGUGGAGGCGACGCGAUCUUGAACGGAACUGUCAACGCCUUGGGUAUACACGAUGAAGGGGCCAUUGUAUCGUCUAUGAAGGAGGACAAAGAAUCGCCUACCGCAGAAGACGGGCCCGGCUCGCUGAAGGGGUGGAAGCUGGAAAGCGUAGAAGAGUACGCUAGGCGGAUCGGCAAGGACGUGAAAGUGGUGAGAGCGGAGAUGCUCCGGGACUUCCAAGAGUCUAUGGCUAACAAAGCGAAUACCCUACCUGGAGGCUACCAGCUGCCCAUCGUCUUCCGGCCCCCUUCGCCGCUUGACCACACCUGCGAGUCGCAGAUGGCGGCGGCCAUUGAGUGGCGGGCAGGCAUAUGA